GAGGACAGGGAGAGAAGGAGCGAAGAGGAGGAGGAGGACAGGGAGAGAAGGAGCGAACAAGAGCACUUAAUAGAGAGGAAGCUUACUGACGAGUGAGAGAUUAUCACAGAAAUAACAGAUGAAGAGAAAAAUGGAGAGAAGGUGUGAGACAUAGAAUGAGAGGAGAAAGAAUGGACAGACCGAGACAGAUAUACUCUGCCAGUGGUGUAUGUGGUAAGAUGAUGAGUCGUCAAGCUUACUUCUACCGGGUUCCUCCUCAGGAGCUGCACAGGAGGAGCCAGCAGGACCCCACCAAGACUAAGGCCCUGCAGACUGUCAUUGAUAUGAAGACCACAGCACCCCCUUUCUGUUUUGAUCCUGAUGUUAUCUGGCAGGACACUAAGAUAUCGUCUCUGGAGAGGAACAUCCGAGACCUGGAGGAUGAGGUCCAGUUGAUGAAGACCAGCGGGCUGCUCCACCCUGGCGAACGCCUGGAUGAACUCAAACACAUGGAGGUCUACAAAAGCCACUCCAAGUUCAUGAAGAAACAGGUAGACCAGCAGAAGCAGGAGCUGAAUAAGAAGGAAUCAGAGAUGCAGGCCCUACAGACCAAACUGGAUGCUCUGACCAACCAGAACUCAGACUGCAAACAGCACAUAGAGGUGCUUAAAGAAUCACUCAGCGCCAAGGAGCAACGCUCUACCACACUGCAGACCGAGGUGGAUGCGUUGCGUGUUCGUCUGGAAGAAAAGGAGUCCUUCCUCAGUAUGAAGACCCAGCAGCUCCAGGACCUGACGGAGGAGAAGGACACGCUGGCCGGAGAGAUCCGGGACAUGAAGGAUAUGCUGGAUGUUAAGGAGAGGAAGGUCAACAUCCUGCAGAAGAAGAUAGAGAAUCUUUUGGAGCAGUUAAAGGACAAGGACAAGCAGCUGACGGGUCUGAGAGACAGAGUCAAGGGUCUCCAGACUGACUCCAGCAACACAGACACAGCACUGACCACGCUGGAGGAGGCCCUGUCUGAAAAGGGCAUUGCUCAACUGACAGUGGUCAUUCCUAACGUCGUCAUUGCCACCCUCAUCAUCAUCAUCAUCAUCAUCGUGGUUUUCAGUGUAGAUGAGGGUGUGUUGUGGAGGACUGGUGUGGACCACUAA